AUUCCCUCUUCUCAUCAAAGAGACUAAUCAAAUAUGCAACAGAAGAUCAGUUCGUUCUUCAAAUCCCCUGAUCCCUCUCCCGCUUUUGACGAUUCGAUCGUCCACGGAUGCUGCACAAACAAGAACGAAUCGGAAAUCCGCAUUACAUACAAGCGUAGAGCCCCAAAUCCCGACAGUUUGGGGGGAAGUGGGAGUGAUGGGGGAUCGACCGGCAAAGCGCUGGAGAGAUCGGAUUUAGGCGAUGGGUUGUCAAAGCCUCUGUCUAGAAAGGUUUUGAACAAGAAAAGAAGCUAUGCUCAAUUCCAUUUGGAAUUGGGUCAGUCAGAUUUCCUGCUAAGAACCUGUACCACAUGUGGGUUCAAGUAUGCUGCUGGUGAUGAAGGGGACGAGAAGGUUCACAAGGCAUUUCACAAGAAUUACACUCAUGGGAUUCAAUUCAAGGGCUGGCGCAAGGAGAGAGAGAUUCGCAUGCCUUCAUUGCAAGGCAGCCGUAUAAUUUUGGUGUUGGAUGAUGAUCCCGCUCCUCAGAGGAAUAAGGUUCAGGAGGUAAUAAAGAUGAUGGAGAUGGAGCUUGGAGAUGGAUGGAUAUUUCAUAAGCAUUGUAAGGUAUAUCUGUUUGUUGAUUCCCAUAGGGUUGCUGGUUGUCUAAUUGCAGAACCAAUUAAGAAGGCUUACAAGGUUCUGUCUAGGUCAUUGGAUGGGAAACCGGAAGCCACUCCUAGAAAUAAAGCAAGACCAAUUUCAAACACCCUCCAAUUUGGUGAAUUGAUAUUCCAGAGGGAGUUAGUGAGAAGAACGCCGUCUGCCAGUAGUUCUGAGGUGUUAGAAGCUGGAGUGAUACUAUGUGAAGAGGAAGCUAUCCCUGCAUUAUGCGGCAUCAGAGCCAUUUGGGUCAGUCCCGGUAACAGAAGAAAAUCCAUAGCAAGCCAUUUACUUGACGCUGCAAGGAAAACGUUCUGUGAAGGAAUGGAGCUUGAACACUCGCAGAUGGCCUUCUCACAGCCAACCUCAGCUGGAAAGGCACUGGCAUCUAGUUAUACUGGUAGCAACUCAUUCUUGGUUUACAAAACCAGUGAUUUAAACUGCUAGGUCAUUGAUUACCUUUAGCCAAAAAGCAGGAAAAAAUGAACUGCUAGGUCUCAUUCAUCCAUGAAUGUUCUUUAUCACUAUAUAUUUUACCUUUAGCCAAAAAGCAGGAAAAAAAGAACUGCUAGGUCUCAUUCAUCCAUGAAUGUUCUUUAUCACUCUAUAUUUUAUUCAUGAUUUAAUGAAAGGUAAGGGAUCCUUUGGUUCGAACCACAAUCUUGCUGAA